UUAAGAAAAGCGUAUUAGGGUUUAAGGCGAACUGCGGUAUUCGUCACUAUUCGUCUCGCGAGGGCUUUUCUUCUCUUUCGGCAGCCAUGGGAGGCUCUCGAGUUCAGGUUAACAAAGCCCACAAAACUAGAUUUUCUUCCAAAUCUUCUCGCAAUCUCCACAGAACCUCCCUACAAGAUAGGGCGAAGAAUGCGAAGGCAGAUAAGAAUCUUGUUAAGGGAGCUAAGGCUGCUCGUGUUCAGCGUAGCAAGAUGCUACGAGAGCAGAAAAAGGCAGCACUUUUGAAGGAGAAAAGAGCUUCAGGAGGGUCAUCAAGCCCUCCUCGUGUCAUCGUCCUAUUUCCUCUUUCUGCUUCGGUGAACCUUGAUUCGCUUGCCAAUGAUCUUCUAGCAUUGUUAUCUCCUGAAGCUGCUGGAGUGGCUUCUUCAACAGUUGCUUCUUCCCAGUAUAGGCUAAGAGCAACAGUUUUAAAGGCACCUCAUGGGGAUCUGCUCACUUGCAUGGAACUGGCCAAGGUUGCUGAUUUGAUCGCUUUUGUUGCAUCUGCAAGCACUCCAUGGGAAGAAGAUUGCUCCGACUUUAUCGACUCAUUCGGAAGUCACUGUCUUUCUGUAAUCAGAUCGAUUGGUUUACCAAGCACCGCUGUGUUGAUUCGUGAUAUGCCCACUGAUCUGAAAAAGAAAAACGAGCUAAAGAAGAUGUGUACCUCUAACCUUGCCGCAGAAUUUCCUGAAGACUGUAAGUUUUAUACAGCAGAUACAAGAGAUGAAUUGCACAAGUUCAUGUGGCUAUUUAAGGAGCAAAGGCUUACUGUGCCUCAUUGGCGAAGUCAAAGGCCAUAUCUUGUGGCUCAAAAGGUUGAGACAUUGGUGGAUGAUGAAAGCACGGGAAAAUGUACUCUCGUUCUCAGUGGGUACUUGCGUGCUCGCAAACUCUCUGUAAAUCAGCUGGUUCAUGUUGCUGGCCUCGGUGAUUUUCAGUUAUCAAAAAUUGAAGUGCUGAAUGACCCAUUCCCAUUACAUGCCAGAAAAGGACAUGAUUCCAUGGAAUGUGAUGAUUUACAUCGUGAAGAGGUUGUGAGUUCUCUACUUCCAGAUCCUGCAAAACAGGAACCUUUAGUAUUUGAAAAUAUUCCAGAUCCUCUUGCAGGAGAACAGACCUGGCCAACAGAGGAAGAAAUAGCCGAGGCUGAGAGAAAUCUAAAACAGAAGAAGUUAAAGAAGAGGACUUUACCUCGGGGAACUUCAGAAUAUCAGGCUGCUUGGAUUGUGGAUGACACAGAUGAGGAAGGUUCUGACACUGGUGAUGACAAUGAUAGCGGCAUGGUUUUGGAGGAGGGAGAGGAUCACUUUCCCUAUCAUGAAAAUACAAAUACCCGGGAUUUUGAGGACGAUGAAGAAUCGUUGGACUUGCGGGAUGUUGAUAAUGAAACCGUUAAUGAUUCUGUGAUGAUGGAAAGUGAAAAUUUGACUAGGGAACAGAUUGAGGAUGAAAUCAAGAAAAUCAAAGAGGCCCAUGCUGAAGAUGAGGAAUUUCCAGAUGAAGUGGAGACCCCACUUGAUAUUCCUGCAAGAAAGCGAUUUGCCAAGUUCAGGGGUGUCAAGUCCUUCAGAACCUCCUCAUGGGAUCCAAAUGAAUCGCUGCCUCAAGACUAUGCCAGAAUUUUUGCUUUUGAUAACCUCACCAGAACACAGAAGCAUGUGAUGAGGCAAGCCCUGGAGAUGGAAGAAGAGAGCAGGGAUGAUUGCAUACUGACUGGCUCAUAUAUUAGGCUUUCUGUUAAAGAAGUACCUCGUGGUGCUGCCUCUAGAUUAUCUUUGCUUGCAAGCAAAAGUGCCAUUAUAGCAUGUGGGCUUCUGCAGCAUGAAUCCAAGAUGUCUGUGCUUCAUUUUAGCAUAAAGAAGCAUGACAGCUACGAUGCUCCCAUCAAAACAAAAGAAGAACUCAUCUUCCAUGUUGGUUUCCGCCAAUUCAUUGCGAGGCCGGUAUUUUCAACUGACAAUUUCAACUCGGACAAGCACAAGAUGGAGAGAUUUCUGCAUGCCGGGCGUUUCUCUAUGGCUUCGAUAUAUGGCCCGAUAUCUUUUCCACCCCUUCCGUUGGUAGCCCUAAAGGUUUCUGAAGGGUCAGACGCUCCAGCAGUUGCUGCUGUUGGCUCCCUAAAAAGUGUUGACCCCAACAAAAUAAUUUUGAAGAAGAUAAUACUAACUGGCUACCCUCAGAAAGUGUCGAAAAUGAAGGCAUCUGUCAGAUACAUGUUCCACAAUCCGGAAGAUGUUAGAUGGUUUAAGCCCGUCGAAGUAUGGACAAAAUGUGGAAAACGUGGUCGCAUCAAGGAACCAGUCGGCACACAUGGGGCAAUGAAGUGUAUAUUCAACAGCGUCAUCCAGCAGCAUGAUACCGUGUGCAUGAACUUGUACAAGCGCACGUAUCCCAAGUGGCCCGAGCGUUUGUACCCUCUCCUCGACGCCUGAGAUUAAAAAGAAAACGUGGCUCUGUUUGCUUCUGUUUUCUCGGUCUCAAAAGGAUGGCUCAGUGUUUGGGGUGAAGAAGUACCAUUCUUUUCUUUUUCCUUUACUGGUUUUGGUUUGUUCCUCCAGUUUUCGCCAUAGGAGGGUGUGAGAGGCAGUACCUUGUAUGUGUCAUAUAUAUUUAAAAGCAGUUGGGU